CGCGGCUGAUAUCUACAUCCGUGAGUACUUCCACACAUAUGCCAUCUCGUCGCACCCUGAGGCUAUUCCAUUAAGGGUGAAAUCCAUUUACCGUUCGGUCAAAUCAACUGACCCCAUUACCCUACGCUACUGCUGUCUCUCUCCGAGCGGAAAUGAGUUUUGCCUCCCUACUAAAGAGCAGAUCGAUCGCCACCGGAUUGUCCUCACCACGUGCAUGGCCUCACAAGAUCUUGCAGUGCCCUGUGGCUAUUUCACCCACAUCUUGAUUGAUGAAGCUGCCCAGAUGUUGGAGUGCGAAGCUCUAGUUCCUCUCUCUCUGGCUAGCCAGACAACCAUGAUCAUUCUGGCAGGGGACCAUAUGCAGAAGACUCCCAGGCUCUACUCACUGCACAAGGAUGAGCAGUCCGCCGACUACACCCUGUUGAAUCGCCUCUUCCAGCAUUACAAGAAGGAGAAGCAUGAAGUGGCCACUAAGAGCAGGAUCAUCUUCAAUGAGAACUAUCGGUCUACUGCAGGAAUCAUUGAGUUUGUCUCCAAGCACUUCUACGUGGGCAGAGAAGAUACCAUCCGCGCCAAAGGCAAUGUCCCUCCUCACCCGGAAUUCUACCCCCUCAUGUUUUGUCACGUCUCCAGUAGUGCUGAGAAGGACAGAUCCAUGAGCUGGUAUAACAUCUCCGAGGUUGAACAGAUAUUUGAGAAAGUACAGGAAAUGGAUCAGAAAUGGCCGGUUGAAUGGGGGCAGAAGAACCUCAAGUCCAUCUGCGUGGUCUCUUAUGGCAUUCAGGUGAAAUUUAUCCGAGACAAAUUGAGAAGAAAAGGCUUUUCAGACGUGACGGUGGAGAGCUAUGACAACCUUGCAGGGCGAGAAUUCCGUGUCAUCAUUAUCAACACUGUGCACAACUGCAACAGCCUGGCCCAUGUCAGUUCCUCUAACCUGGAGUAUUUCAACAAUGCGCGGGUGUUGAACACCAUUAUAACAAGGGCUCAGUCACAGGUCAUCGUAGUCGGAGAUGCUGUCGCUCUGUGUUCUCAUGGCCAGUGCAGCAAGAUCUGGAAAAGUUUCAUCAAGAAGUGCAUUGAGAAGAAGUCCGUCAUUCCUGAAACAUUGACCUUGGAGGAGAUAAAGCAGGUGAUGUCUGAUAUGGCCAGCUGGAACAGAGGAAACCCUGAAUCCGAGGAAGAAGAUAGCGAUACAGACUCCUGGGUCUCUGACACGGAAAGCUUAAACCUUGAUGAUCCAAUAAUGCAGGAACUCUUGGAUGAAAGCAAAAAGUUGAUGGUGUUGGUCACCGAAGAAGGCCUGCUGAAGGUAGAAUCGGACGUCUCAGUCCCUGAAAGGAGACGUCAAGAGUACACCAACUAUUCCUUGAAAAUGAUGCAGCAGUAUCUGCAGAUGCAGCCCCAACGAUACAAACGCUGCGAAUUCCUCCAAGAACGGUUCGAUCAAGCUUCUGCCUUCACUCUGGAUGAUGCUUCUUCGAUGACCAUCCAGAUCAAGGGUCGAGUCAACUGUGGCAUGGCCUUCACUGGAGACAAAGUCUUGGUGGAGAUCCUGACACCCAACGCUACUCUUGACGGCAACCCUCAUGGGAAAGUGGUGGGCAUCUUAGAAAAGGUGAAACAGGAUCUCACCUUUGUCUGCAAACUGGAUGAGUUUGAUCCCCGGGUCAUGAUCCCCAUUGACCAGUCUGUCACAAAAAUCUUUGUCCCUCCAUUGAAAGACAAUACUGAUUCUAUUCCCAUCCGCAGAGUUGACCAGGCAGGAAAAAUCAAGUUGAAGAGCUGGAAAAAAAUAACACCAGAAAACCGGAAGACAUGGCUUUUCGUAGUACAAAUCAUGAAAUGGGAAGAAGGUUAUUACUACCCUCUGGGAAUUGUUACGGAGGUCCUUCCCAUGACUUCCUCACUAGAGGAUGGGCUUCGUAUUCUGGAUUUGGAAUAUAGUUUGUCCAAUGGAUAUCCUGCCUCGGUGAUCAGACAAGUGACCAAAUUAAUCUCUGGUCACCCCUCUCUGAUGAGAGCAGAGAGGAAAGACUGUCGGGCUUAUUUUACUUUCACAGUUGACCCCAAGGGUGCUAAAGACCUGGACGAUGCCAUCAGUGUCAAAGAUAUGGAUGACAAAUAUGAGAUUGGGAUCCACAUUGCUGACAUGGCCUCUGUGAUCCCCAAAGAUUGUCCUUUGGAUACAGAAGCCAAGAACCGAGGGUUAACUUAUUAUGUUCCUGAGAAACCCAUACAUAUGUUCCCACCAGAGCUCAGUCAGAGUCUCUGCAGUCUCCUUCCUCACCAGGAACGUUUGGCGAUCUCCCUCUUUGUCGUAAUAGAUAAGGCCACGGACCAGAUCGAAAGAAUUUCCUUUGCCAUGUCCAUAAUCUGUUCUGAUCGGCAGAUGACCUAUGAGGAAGCUGAAGGGAUCAUUAAAAACUACUACAAAAUAGAGGCACCCUCACCUAAUUUUGACACCUUAGAAGAUUGUGUUGCAAUGGUGUAUCAUUUCUCCCGCGUCCACCGGAAGUUCAGGCUUCACGAAGACUGUCAUUAUGACCAGCUGGAUGAAGAAAUACCUUUAGGUCAGCGAUGUUCUCACCAAAUGAUUGAGGAACUUAUGAUCCUCUUCAACAGUUCUGUGGGAGAUCUGCUCACAAACCGGCUCCCUACCAGAAAUUUAACCCCUCUUCGUUGUCAGAUGGAACCCAAUCCUCAGCAAAUCUCCCGAAUGAGGGAGAAAUACAGAGAUGUCAUUCCUUUGUCCACUCACCUCUCCCAUCAUCUAGGAGUUCCAACUGAUGGUGCCCCUGUGAGGACCAUUGAUCCAUUUGUUCUCUUGACUUCCUCGUGGGAGCACCUCAAGUCAGCGGCCAAUAACCGUGACUUUCCCAAGAUGCUUGACCUCAUCACCACAGACGACAUCCAUCCCAAACUUGCACCCAUCAAUUUAGAAUUUAGGAAGCUCCUGAACCGUUCUUAUUUUCUUCGUUCCAAUUCCUGUCCUCAGGCCAAGCUGGGCCACUACUCUUUGCACGUGGACUCGUAUACCUGGGCUACCUCUCCGAUUCGGCGCUACGUGGAUGUUGUGGUUCAGCGACACAUUGUCUCUCUGAUUUCGAAGAAGCCCGUCCAGUACUCCCAAAAAGAGAUUGAAUUCCUCUGCCACGAUUUCAACCGGAAGAAUGGCAAGGCCAACACGUACAUGCGAAGAGUCCGAUCUUUGGAACUGGCCACCCAGUUGAAAUGUCAGGUUCAAAAAAAGUUUGCUUUCAUCGCCAACGUUGAAGGGAAAGCCAAGAAUUUCAAACUCAUAUUUCCCCUCAACAAGGAGACCUUUCCAGAUAGUCCCAGCAUCAAUUAUAGAGCCCUUCAGUUGGUUUCCCAACCAAAUUUCAUCGAGGAGCAGAACAGUAUGAGGCUGAAGUGGAAGAGAAGAAUGUACUCCUUGUCAACCAAAAACAAGGAUGAAGCGAGGCGGUCAGGGAUUGGAGGAAACAUCUUUCGCUUCAAUGGAGAUGUGUGGCAUAAAAUCCUUGCAGCUAUCAAAAAUGAAGACUAUGAAAAUUUAAUCGAACUCCUUGAGAAGGAUUACACCCUGGAGUCCAAACCUGUGGGGUCAAUGGGGAGGAGUAAAUGCUUACACUACAAAGAACUGUCAGUGGAACUUAAAGUGGGAGAUGUGUUGAAUUUCCAACUGACUACCAAUGUCCAGCGAGGCUUCCUGGUGCCGUUUGUGCAACUGUGGACAGUAGCUCCUGGCUUUGAAGUGUGCUUGGAGCACACCGAGCGACCCAUCGAUUGCUUCUCUAGGUACGCUUCCCAAGCCCUGAAGGACUUUUAUAAGAGUGCCUCUGAUUAUCGCAAAGUGUGGCUGCCUCUUUGUGACAUAGAAGCAACUUUGGGAGCGUUGGCUGAAAACAACUCGAUUGUCCUGCAAGAUGUCCCGAUCCUUUGGAAGGCGCGGCGGACUUCACAAGGUCAGCUCUGUGGAACCAUCAAACUCACCAAGGAGUUCCUCAAAGACUCUGCCAUCGAAGUGGAUUUUGGCGCCUGCUACAUGUGCAUUCGCCUUUCGGGCCUCUGCGGACAUGAGAUCCAAGACAAGGAGGAAGACCUCAGCCAGAAUUUCCAGAAACUCAGUUUGACCAAGGAAGCAAGCAAGACUCAGGAUUUCAUGAUUGAUCCCAAUACGUACACUUGGGUGGCACACGGAUGUACGGAUAAGUCCGAUCAGAAUGAGAAACCUGAUCAGCGUGGCGAAGUGAUGGUGAAUUUCUACAUCCAUUUUACAUCCAUGGAGAAGAUUCCCUUUGAGGUCACACAGACGAGUUCAAGGUUCACUGUAGAGCUGAUUCCGAAGCAGCUGCCUGAUGUCCGGAAAGAAAAAGCCGUUUGGGACCUGGAGAACGCCACAGAACUUGCUCGGAGUAUAGCUUUGGGUCAACCCAUUCCAGUCCCAAGGCAAAAACCUUCCAAUAUUUUGAAGAGAAGGGAUUUUAACAUUCCGGGCUAUAGCCGUAAACUCAAUCCAAGUCAACAGUCUGCCAUCCAGGAGGCACUGAAAAAGUCCUUCACUCUAAUCCAAGGACCACCAGGUGAGGGAUCAGCCUCCUUUUUAUGACCCUGUAAUCCCCUAUAUUCGGGGGAAAGUCGGGGCAAUUGGAUGAAGCUGAGCAUUUGCUGGCUGCCUGCCCUUCCUGAUGCCUGCAACAAGUUCACAGCAGAUGUCUUUUCUUUGCACCUUCAUUCAUUUCAUUUCAUUCAUUUAUUUCAUUUGUAUGC